GUGCGUGGUCUCAGUCGAAGAAGGCGGAGGCAGGGACGAGGUGCGUGCUCGGCAGGGACGAGGCCGGAGCGCUUAUCCUCAACCAAUAUGGGGUCCCAGGUGGGAAAGCGGAGGCGGGGACGAGGCCGGAGCGCUUAUCCUCGACCAACGUGGAGUCCCAGGUACGCGAUCUCGGCCCGAAGAAGGUGGAGGUGGGGUGCUUGAAGCCAGAAGAAGGCGAGCUUCAAGAGGAGGUGACAACAAGCUCGAAGGACUUACUCUCAGAAUACGUUCUCGGCGCGUGGUCUCAACCUGAAGAAGACAGAGGCGGCGACAAGGCCGGAUCGCCUAUCCUCAACUGGCAUGGGUUCCCAGGUUCGUGGUCUGGAGAGAACAGAAGCCGAGACCAGGCCGGAGUGCCUAUCCUCAAUCAAUAUGGGGUCCCAGGUGCGCGGUCUCAACUUGAAGAGGAUGGAGGCGGGAACCAGGCCGGAGCACUUCUCCUCAACCAAAACCGGGUCGGAGGUGCGUGGUCUCAACUCGAACAGGACGGAGGCGAGGAGAGGCCGGAGUGCCUAUCCUCAACCAAGAUAGGCUCCCAGGUGCAUGGUUUCAUCUUGGAGAAAAGAGAAAGGAAGCUCAAGCUGAAGAAGACAGAGGCGGGGAAGCUCAAGAUGAAGAAGGGCAAGGACAAGGUGCGUAUCCUCAAGAAGAAGAAGGCCGGGAGCGGGAACGAAGCCGUGCAGGCUCGCCUGCAUGGUGUCCCAGGUGCGUGGUCUCAGUCGAAGAAGGCGGAGGCAGGGACGAGGCCGGCGCAAUAUGGGGUUCCAGGCGCGUGGUCUCAGCCCGAAGAAGGCGGAGGCGGGGACGAGGCCGGAGCUGGGGUCCCAGGUGCGAAAGCGGAGGCGGGGACGAGGCCGGAGCGCUUAUCCUCGACCAACGUGGAGUCCCAGGUACGCGAUCUCGGCCCGAAGAAGGUGAAGGUGGGGUGCUUGAAGCCAGAAGAAGGCGAGCUUCAAGAGGAGGCGACAACAAGCUCGAAGGACUUACUCUCAGAAUACGUUCUCGGCGCGUGGUCUCAACCUGAAGAAGACAGAGGCGGCGACAAGGUGCGCGGUCUCAACUUGAAGAGGAUGGAGGCGGGAACCAGGCCGGAGCACUUCUCCUCAACCAAUAUCGGGUCCGAGGUGCGUGGUCUCAACUCGAACAGGAAGCUCAAGCUGAAGAAGACAGAGGUGUGGAAGUUCAAGCUGAAGAAGACACAGGCGUGGAAGCUCAAGCUGAAGAAGGGCAAGGACAAGGUGCGUAUCCUCAAGAAGAAAAAGGCCGGGAGCGGGAACGAAGCCGUGCAGGCUCGCCUGCAUGGUGUCCCAGGUGCGUGGUCUCAGUCGAAGAAGGCGGAGGCAGGGACGAGGCCGGCGCAAUAUGGGGUUCCAGGCGCGUGGUCUCAGCCCGAAGAAGGCGGAGGCGGGGACGAGGUACGCGAUCUCGGCCCGAAGAAGGUGAAGGUGGGGUGCUUGAAGCCAGAAGAAGGCGAGCUUCAAGAGGAGGCGACAACAAGCUCGAAGGACUUACUCUCAGAAUACGUUCUCGGCGCGUGGUCUCAACCUGAAGAAGACAGAGGCGGCGACAAGGUGCGCGGUCUCAACUUGAAGAGGAUGGAGGCGGGAACCAGGCCGGAGCACUUCUCCUCAACCAAUAUCGGGUCCGAGGUGCGUGGUCUCAACUCGAACAGGAAGCUCAAGCUGAAGAAGACAGAGGUGUGGAAGUUCAAGCUGAAGAAGACACAGGCGUGGAAGCUCAAGCUGAAGAAGGGCAAGGACAAGGUGUGGAAGCUCAAGCCGAAGAAGACAGAGGCAAGGACAAUCCAAGGUAUGGAAGCUUGCGUGGAAGCUCACAAAUCGAAGAAGACAGAGGCAAGGAUAAGGUGCGUCAAGAAGAAAAAGGCCGGGAGCGGGAACGAAGCCGUGCAGGCUCGCCUGCAUGGUGUCCCAGGUGCGUGGUCUCAGUCGAAGAAGGCGGAGGCAGGGACGAGGCCGGCGCAAUAUGGGGUUCCAGGCGCGUGGUCUCAGCCCGAAGAAGGCGGAGGCGGGGACGAGGCGGGGACGAGGCCGGAGCGCUUAUCCUCGACCAACGUGGAGUCCCAGGUACGCGAUCUCGGCCCGAAGAAGGUGAAGGUGGGGUGCUUGAAGCCAGAAGAAGGCGAGCUUCAAGAGGAGGCGACAACAAGCUCGAAGGACUUACUCUCAGAAUACGUUCUCGGCGCGUGGUCUCAACCUGAAGAAGACAGAGGCGGCGACAAGGUGCGCGGUCUCAACUUGAAGAGGAUGGAGGCGGGAACCAGGCCGGAGCACUUCUCCUCAACCAAUAUCGGGUCCGAGGUGCGUGGUCUCAACUCGAACAGGAAGCUCAAGCUGAAGAAGACAGAGGUGUGGAAGUUCAAGCUGAAGAAGACACAGGCGUGGAAGCUCAAGCUGAAGAAGGGCAAGGACAAGGUGCGUAUCCUCAAGAAGAAGAAGGCCGGGAGCGGGAACGAAGCCGUGCAGGCUCGCCUGCAUGGUGCGUGGUCUCAGUCGAAGAAGGCGGAGGCAGGGACGAGGCCGGCGCAAUAUGGGGUUCCAGGCGCGUGGUCUCAGCCCGAAGAAGGCGGAGGCGGGGACGAGGCCGGAGCUGGGGUCCCAGGUGCGAAAGCGGAGGCGGGGACGAGGCCGGAGCGCUUAUCCUCGACCAACGUGGAGUCCCAGGUACGCGAUCUCGGCCCGAAGAAGGUGAAGGUGGGGUGCUUGAAGCCAGAAGAAGGCGAGCUUCAAGAGGAGGCGACAACAGGCUCGAAGGACUUACUCUCAGAAUACGUUCUCGGCGCGUGGUCUCAACCUGAAGAAGACGGAGGCGGCGACAAGGCCGGAUCGCCUAUCCUCAACUGUCAUGGGUUCCCAGGUUCGUGGUCUGGAGAGAACAGAAGCCGAGACCAGGCCGGAGUGCCUAUCCUCAAGCAAUAUGGGGUCCCAGGUGCGCGGUCUCAACUUGAAGAGGAUGGAGGCGGGAACCAGGCCGGAGCACUUGUCCUCAACCAAUAUCGGGUCCGAGGUGCGUGGUCUCAACUCGAACAGGACGGAGGCGAGGAGAGGCCGGAGUACCUAUGCAAGGACAAGGCUGGGAGGGCCCAUCCUCAACCAACAUGGGGUUCCGAGGUGCGGAAGUUCAAGCUGAAGAAGACACAGGUGUGGAAGUUCAAGCUGAAGAAGACAGAGGCGUGGAAGCUCAAGCUGAAGAAGGGCAAGGACAAGGCGUGGAAGCUCAAGCUGAAGGAGACGGAGGCGUGGAAGCUCAAGCUGAAGAAGGGCAAGAACAAGGCGUGGAAGCUCAAGCUGAAGAAGGGCAAGAACAAGGCGUGGACGCUCAAGCGGAAGAAGACAGAGGCGUGGACGCUCAAGCGGAAGAAGACAGAGGCAAGGAGGAGGCCGGGCGUGGACGCUCAAGCCGAAGAAGACGGGGGCAAGGACCAGGCGUGGAAGCUCAAGCGGAAGAAGACGGAGGCAAGGACGAGGCGAACACUGAAGGAGACGGAGUCGCCGAAGGCGAGCCAUGGAGAGUGCAAGGAAUAUGCCCGAUACUUGGGCAUCGACCCCGGAUACGAGGGAGAAGAGACACACAACGCGAUGUUGUGCCCGAGCCUCGGUGCAUGGUCUCAACCUGAGAAGAACACGGAGGCCGGAGGCGGGGACGUAUCCUCAACCAAGAUGCGGAGCGGGGACGAGGCCGGAGCGCUUAUCAUCAACCAAGAUGGGGUCUCAGGUGCGUGGUCUCAAGCCGAAGACGGCGGAGGCGGGGACGAGGCCGGAGCGCUUAUCAUCAACCAAGAUGGGGUCUCAGGUGCGUGGUCUCAAGCCGAAGAAGGCGCAGGCGGGGACGAGGCCGGAGCGCUUAUCCUCAACCAAGAUGGGGUGUCAGGUGCUUGGUCUGAAGCUGAGAAGACGGCGGAGGUAGGGACGAGGCCGGAGCGCUUAUCCUCAACCAAGAUGGGGUUUCAGGUGCUUGGUCUGAAGCUGAGAAGACGGCGGAGGCGGGGACGAGGCGGGGACGAGGCCGGAGCGCUUAUCCUCAACCAAGAUGGUGUCUCAGGUGCGUGGUCUCAAGCCGAAGACGGCGGAGGCGGGGACGAGGCCGGCGGGGACGAGGCCGGAGCACUUGUCCUCAACCAAUAUGGGGUCUCAGGCGGGGACGAGGCCGGAGCGCUUGUCCUCAACCAAUAUGGUGUCCCAGGUGCAUGCUCCCAGGCACGAGACUUCAACCUCAAGAAGAACGAGGCCGGGAUAGGCGUACACUUCACAAGUCGUCGUGAUGAAGAGAUCGCACAGUCAGCUAUGCACGCAUGUUCCAGACUAGUCGGAUCAUGGACCGGUGGCUUUGAAAGGGAGGCAAGCGAGCCUGUGGCACAGCUGCAACUGGGGCUCAGGCGUGCGAUAGAAACCAGUAGUUCACGACAGCUCGACGCGAUGGAUACACCGGUACUUUUCAGCGCCUUAAACUGCACUUGCCGGACGGCAGCAAAGAAAUGGACACGUCUACCCCACAACCUGAAGCUGGCCAUUUCGCAGUUCACGAGACGCUCGGAUUGGGCACUGAGGCUAGGACACCUAGCGCUGAUCGGUGCACUCUCCAGGUACCCGAUGCUGGCUUCGAGAGCCACAGACGACUUCGACUUUGGCCGGCGACUCCAAUACUUUUCAGUCCAGGAUCUACAAGGGCUUCCGAGAAACACCAAGAAGACCAUCCGUCUCUGCAUCGCGAACCUUCGGGCUUUCGAGAAGAAGAAGAAGCAGAAGGAGAGGACAGAGCUCCGGAAGCAGAAGCAGGAGGAACUCCUGAGACGGAAAUUCGAAGCAACAAAGAUUGUGGUCGAGCGCGCGGCC